ACCAAAAAGGUCCAACUCCAACCGCCUCGUCUUUACUUAACUUUUACAUCCGGCAAAGUAAAAACGUGUGUGAGAGCAGCGUGUUUGUCAAAUCGGAACGGCCGCUGAUUUCAGCCAAUCAGAGCCCAAGGAGGCUUCACAACCGAGUCCGAACCGUAACCAUGCCGGUGAGACGGGGCCAUGUGGCGCCUCAGAACACGUUCGUGGACACCAUCAUUCGCAAGUUCGAGGGACAGAAUCGGAAGUUUAUCAUCGCCAAUGCACUGGUGGAGAACUGUGCCAUCAUUUUCUGUAAUGAUGGCUUCUGUGAGAUGUGUGGUUAUACCCGGGCUGAGGUGAUGCAGAAGCCCUGCACCUGUAGCUUCCUGUAUGGACCUCACACCAGGAGACCAGCGGUGGCCCAGAUGGCUAAAGCUCUGCUGGGAGCAGAGGAGAGGAAGGUGGAGAUUUCCCUCUACACUAAAAACGGAGCGUGUUUCAACUGUGAAAUAGAUGUGGUUCCCGUGAAGAAUGAAGAUGGCCUGGUCAUCAUGUUCAUUCUCAACUUUGAGCUUCCCACAGACCCCAGACCAACCAACAGCUCUCCAGCCACAGAGCUCAACAGAGUGCUGCGUAUCCCCUGGCUGAACGUGGCUUGGCGGCAGCGUCUGCGCCUUCUCCUUCGCUCCCUCAGCUCCAGUUCAAAUGUCCUGUCACAGGAUUCAGAACAUGGUUCUCCUCGUGCCGGCCUUCUUCCCCUCGGACACGAGUCUGUGGCCUUGGACAAACUGCUGUCCUUCCCUGAGAGACAGCAGCUGGAGGAGGGAGGAGCUGGACUACUUCUCUGGGACAAAGAAGAUGAAGAAGAGGAAGAGCGAACAAGAGGAGGGAUAAGAGGGGGAACAGAUCUGCCCACAGCUCCGGCCUCAGCACCACCAAUACUGGUCCUGCCCCUCACCUCCUCACAUGCUCCCCCAAGGAGAGAGUCUGGUAAGACAGGCCAAGGCGAAGGGGAUUGUCCUUUCUACAUCAACCCUCCUUCCAGCAGUGUUGAUGGCAGCUGUGUGAGUUUAAAACAUUCCUCCUCAGUGGACGAUAUCAAGAAAGGGCAGCAGAGUUACUGGGAAAAGAGGCUGCAGUUGAGACACAGCUGUACUGCUGGUAUGGUAACCAUCAGAAAGACCAGUGUGCCAGUUGGGACAUCAGACAGUGAUUUACAUUGCCGAACCAACAGCCAGCAGAUGACCCAGAGCCCACUGGACACAAAGACAGACUCCUUUGUGGCGUUACCUCCUGGUGAAAUCAGACCUCCAUGCAAACUGAUCGACAGAACACACCAUGUCACUGAGAAAGUCACCCAGGUUCUGUCUCUGGGUGCUGAUGUGUUACCGGAGUAUAAGCUGCAGACUCCCAGGAUCCAGAAAUGGACCAUCCUUCACUACAGUCCAUUCAAAGCAGUGUGGGACUGGGUGAUCCUGCUCUUAGUGAUUUAUACAGCGAUUUUCACCCCUUAUUCUGCUACAUUUCUACUGAGUGACCAGGAGGAAGCAGCCUUACAGACCUGUGGUUACUCCUGUUCCCCCCUCAACGUGGUGGAUCUUAUCGUGGACAUCAUGUUCAUUGUUGAUAUCAUCAUCAACUUCAGGACCACAUAUGUGAACUCCAAUGAUGAGGUGGUGAGCCAGUCGUCUCGCAUUGCUGUCCACUACUUCAAAGGCUGGUUCCUCAUCGACAUGGUGGCAGCCAUUCCCUUUGACCUCCUCAUCUACCGCUCAGGAGAGGAGGUGGUUAGGGGAGGUGGAGAGGGAGAGACCACCACACUGAUUGGUUUACUGAAGACAGCUCGCUUACUGCGAUUGGUUCGUGUAGCCAGGAAGUUGGACCGUUACUCUGAGUAUGGUGCUGCUGUCCUCUUCCUCCUCAUGUGCACCUUUGCCCUCAUCGCACACUGGCUGGCCUGCAUCUGGUAUGCCAUAGGUAAUGUGGAGAGGUCGACCUCAGCUGGGAUCGGCUGGUUGGCCACUCUGGGCGACCAGCUGGGGAAGCCCUACAAUGACUCCGUCCUCGAGUCGGGUCCUUCCAUCAGAGAUAAAUAUGUCACAGCUCUGUACUUCACCUUCAGUAGUCUGACCAGUGUGGGCUUUGGGAACGUCUCCCCAAACACCAACUCCGAGAAGAUCUUCUCCAUCUGUGUCAUGCUUAUAGGAGCUCUGAUGUAUGCCAGUAUUUUUGGUAAUGUGUCAGCCAUCAUCCAGAGGCUUUACUCUGGUACGGCACGCUACCAUGCCCAGAUGAUGAGAGUGCGAGAGUUCAUCCGCUUCCACCAGAUCCCCAACCCUCUGAGGCAGCGGCUGGAGGAGUACUUCCAGCAUGCAUGGUCCUACACUAAUGGGAUAGAUAUGAAUGCUGUUUUAAAAGGAUUUCCAGAGUGUCUCCAGGCAGACAUUUGUCUCCACCUCAACAGGACACUGCUGCAGAACUGUAAGGCUUUCAAAGGAUCCACUAAGGGCUGUCUGAGGGCCCUAGCCAUGAGGUUUAAGACCACCCAUGCUCCUCCUGGUGACACCCUAGUCCAUGCUGGAGACCUGAUAGCAGAUCUGUACUUCAUCUCCAGAGGAUCCAUAGAGAUCCUCAAAGGAGACGUGGUGGUAGCCAUACUGGGUAAGAAUGAUAUCUUUGGGGAACCCAUCAAUCUGUAUGUUCUACCAGGAAAAUCCAUGGCUGAUGUCAGAGCUCUGACCUACUGUGACCUGCACAAGAUAAACAGAGAGGAUAUGCUGGAGGUUCUGAACAUGUAUCCUGAAUUUUGUGAAUAUUUCUGGUCCAACCUGGAGAUCACCUUCAAUCUCAGAGAUGUGAAUAAUGAAGCUGUGGAUCUUCUUAGGGCAGAAGACUCUGAUUGUGAGGGUUUCAGCAGACCACACAGGAAACAUAAACUCUCCUCCACUCACACAGGCGACUCCAUCUCAGCAAAGAGACAGAGAGCUGCCUACAGAUGUAGAAGAAGACUCAGUAUCUGGGAGCAAUGUGACGGCCGCAACAAAGACGAUCAUAAACACACACUAUAUGGCCCUGUGUUCUCCAGCGAGGAUGAAGGGGAGGAUUCAGAGGUGACCGGUCCUGCUCAAACCUCCAUAGUUCACAGUGCUGCCGUGAACACUACCAGCUGCCCCAAGACUGGCAGGAAAGAGAGGACCUGUAACCCUGAAACAGGAGUGUCCAACUUCUUCACUUUCUGGGGCUCAGAGAGUCAGGAGGAGCACAUGUACCAGGAGGUGCCCUGCUCCCACAGCCUCCCCUCACCACCUCCACAGUCUCCCUCUCACCAGCUCCCUUGCCUGCCCUCCUCCUCCCCCCACUGUCCCUCCAGCCCUCCUCCUCCUCCUCCUCCUACUGCCCGCAUCUCUCGCAGGCAGCAGGUGGAGUUAGAGACCAGACUGGAGGCACUGCAGCGACAGAUAACCAGGUUGGAGUCUUGUAUGUCUGCAGACAUCCGGACCAUAUUGCAGCUGCUGCAGAGACAGAUGCCAACAGUCCCACCUUCCUACAGCACCCUUACGUCAACACCUAACGCCCCCUCCUCCCCCAUCUUGUCCCCCACCGUUGCCUCCCCAUCUGGUACCUCAACCCCUGACUUCCCCACAGACAAGUCACCAACCACCAACCCCGAGCAACAGCAGUCAAAUGAAAACCAAAAUCAAGUGCAGCAACAACUUCCAGAAUCCAGUUCUCUCAGUUGUGGUUCCUCUGUCCUCCAUCUUACUGCCUCACCCCCUCUCAUCCAUGCCUCAUCCCUUCACACUUCUUCGUAUUAG